CCUCUCUCUCUCUCUGAGACGGCCCAUAGCUAGCAGAGGCUGGAGAAAAAAAAAAAAAAGAGAGAAAAGAGGAAGAAAACAAAAGCUGCCACUUAUGGAAGGGAGAAGGGGUAAGAGCAAAAUUGAUUUGAUCUGAAUCUUUAAGAAAAAAAGAGAGUGAGAGAGAAAACAAGCCCGACCAAAAAGCAAGUACUUGAAAGAACAAGAGACAAAAAGCCCUGAAUGAACUUUUCUACCAGCUUCCUUCUGAUAAGAGGCAAAGGAAAAACUCUGAGAAACUUUUUAGGGAGCAAAGCCCAGGGUUGUUGUCAAGGGUGGCUCCUGAGCAAGCUGGAAGGGCUCAUGAAUAUUCAUUACCAUUUGUAUUCAGAGCCGGGUUUUUGAGAGGCAAAUGAUUUCUUCAGUCCCCUUGUAGUUUUUUAAGAAGCAGCUGCCUACGGGACAGUCUGGAGUCAUCUUGCCGGUUGGUCGGUGCUGCCGGUUGGUCGGUGCCUCAGGGUGUUUGCUUAAAGAUGCUGGACUCCGUGUGUAGAUUUGUUUUCUUCUCGAGUUUCUGUGUGCUUUUCUGUUGUAAAAAUAGCACAGAUGUCUUUGCCGGGGUAAAACAGAGAAGUUAAUGUGGCAAGAGGCUGUUACAGCAGGACCCAAGAGUCGUGUGUCUUGCAAAAGGCUGAUAAGUUUCUUGAUUCUAGAGUGAAGAGAUUUUUGUCCAAAAAUGGCCUGGUCAUUCUUGGGUUCACCUUUAUCCUGUCUCUGAUAGCUUUGCUCGCUGUGGGGCUGACCCAGAAUAAAAAUACACCAGAAAACUUUAAGUGUCCCAGCAACUUCAGCAUGUAGUUCUGAAUCUUGACUGCACAUUAGAAUCACUUGGAGCAUCUAAGAUAACGAUGCUCAGGCUCUACCCUGGGUAAUUCCUGGAUUUUUCUGACAUACAACCAGCAUCAGAAGCCACCCAUCUAGAGGGAUUGCUGUCCUACUAGAUUGCAUGAUCAGGACAAUUCCAGUUUGGGAUUGUGUUUGAUGCGGGCUCUUCUCACACGACCAUGUACAUCUAUAAGUGGUCAGCAGAAAAGGUGAAUGACACAGGGUUGGUGUAUGAGAUAGAAUCCUGCAAGGUCAAAGGUCCUGGAAUCUCAGCAUUUGCUUCGAACUUACAAGAUAUACCUAUGUACCUGAGUAAAUGCAUGGGAAGAGCCAAGGAGCUGAUUCCAAAGUACAAGCACCAUCAGACACCUGUUUACCUGGGAGCCACGGCAGGCAUGCGGUUGCUCAGGAUGGAAAAUGAAGAGUCAGCGGAAAGAAUCCUGAAUUCAGUGACAAGUUUCCUCAGUUCCUACCCGUUUAAUUUUCGGGGUGCCAGGAUCAUCUCUGGCUCAGAGGAAGGUGCUUAUGGCUGGAUUACUAUCAACUAUCUGUUGGGAAAAUUACAGAAGAAACAAAAUUCUAAAGACCCAUCUUCAAGAAGAAAUGAGAGUCUGGAAACCUAUGGAGCCUUGGACCUUGGGGGAGCCUCCACGCAAAUCACUUUUGUGCCCAAAGAUACAAAUAUCAAGCCUCCGAUCAAAUUUAUGCAAUUUCGUCUCUAUGGCAAUAACUACUCUGUAUACACAUACAGCUUCUUAUGCUAUGGGAAAGAUCAGGCGCUCUUAAAGAAACUAGCCAUGGACAUUAUGAAUGCACCAUCGGGAAUCCUCUUAGACCCAUGUUUUCAUCCCGGAUAUGAGAGGACGGUGGAUGUAAGUUACCUUUUCAACAAUACCUGCACCAGGGAAUAUAAUGGUCAGUUUCCAUUCCAUGAGCUUAAAAUCAAUGGCACUGGAGAGUUUCAACAAUGCCAGGAAGACCUCCUUGAUCUCUUCCACACCACUAAUUGCCGUUACACCAGUUGUACCUUCAAUGGGAUUUUCAUGCCGCCAGUCCAAGGGGAGUUUGGGGCAUUUUCAGCUUAUUACUAUACGAUGAACUUUUUAAACUUGACAUCAGAUAAAGUCUCCAGUGAGGAGAUGGUGAUUGACAAGAUGAAAAAGUUCUGCGCUAGACCUUGGAAGGAGGUGAACACAACUUACGCUGGCGUGAAGCAGAAGUACCUGAGUGAAUACUGCUUUGCUGGCACCUACGUUUUAACCCUCCUGCAAGCCUAUAAUUUCACAGAUUACUGGAAACACAUUCAUUUCAUGGACAAGAUCAAUGACAACACUGAAGCCGGGUGGACUUUGGGCUACAUGCUAAACCUGACCAACAUGAUCCCAGCUGAGCUGCCACAGCCCAAACCUUUCUCCCGUCCCACGUACAUCUCCCUCAUGGUGGCCUUCUCCCUGGUGCUGGCUGUAGUGUUCAUCCUAGGCUCGAUUAUCUUUCACAAGUCUUCGUAUUUCCAGAAAUAAGUGGAAUAGCAGGAGCAGUUGAAAUCUGCUGGCUGGAAUGAGAAAAAAAAAAAAAAAACUGCCCAGGGA